AUGAAUUUGUAAUAAUGGGCAAGUGGAUUUUAAUGUAUGUUAGGACAUUAAUAAAAUGAGUAUAUGCUCUGUAUAUCACCUUAAUGUCCUUAGGUUCGCAAAUUGAUAUGUAGAGAUUAUUGCAUUCCUUAUUACCAUAAAAAUCAUAAAGUGAUGGAAUUGUCUUAAAUUGAAGAUUUCUUAAAUUAGUUUUUAAAUAUGAAAUAACCUCAUUUACAUGAAUCAAUAAUUGAGACUUUGGAGGAGAUAGAAAUUUUGAGAUCUGAGUUGAAUCGUAUUAUAGAUAGUACAAUAGAUAAAAUUAAACGACACUUUGGGAGGUUUUCUUAUUAAGCAUAAAAAUAUGCAUAGGAAUUUUAAUUUGUUUAAUAACCUGAGAGAAUUGAGUAGUUAUCAAAAUAAAUAAUAGAGAUAGCUACUUUGAAAUAAGAUUAAUUAAAGAUUAAAAUAGUGAAACCUUUGUAGUCAUUGAACAUAGGUAAUUUAUUAAAGGAGUGUAUAUAAAAGUUGACUAGUUUUGUAAUCGGAAACAGUGAUGUAAAUUCUGUAAAACCUGAGAAUUUAGUGGGAGCCUUUAUGAAUCAUAUCCGUACAAUAUAAAGUGAUGGGGAAGUGUGGUGUUUGUAACCAAUAAAAGGGGGUGAUCUUAUCAGUGGAGGAGAUGAUAAUAAGAUAAUAAUAUGGAAUAUGAAUUCUUUAGAAAAGUUAUGGGUUUCUAAAAAACAUAGAGCAAUAAUAACAUCAUUGGCGAUCACUUCUGAUUCUAAAGUGUUGGUAAUGGGUAGUUCAGAGGGAUAUAUAAAAUUUUUAGAUAUGGAGACAAAGAAAUUUAUAAAGAAACUUAAAGGACAUAAUGACCAUGUGAGUUCAUUGCACUUUAAUAAUUAGAAUAAUUGUUUAUUAUCUUCAGGUUGGGAUGCAAAUCUAAUAAUGUGGAAUAUUGAUUAGAAAGAUAUAGUAAUGAAAUUAUUUAAGAAGGAACAUGAGGCUAAGAUUUAUUGUGUAUAAUAUAGUUAUGACAAUUAAAUAAUAGCAUCAUGUUCCUUAGAUAAGACUAUUCGAUUAUGGGAUAUUCAUGGAUUAGCAUAGAUUGGAUAACCAUUAUUGGGUCAUUCUGAAAAAGUAGAUUGGAUUUAAUUUACUCCAUAAUAUUUAAUAUCAUGUAGUUAAACAGAGAAAAAUAUAAUUGUUUGGGAUUACAUGCAUAGAUAAUAAAUUUGGAAUUUUAUUCCAGGGAAUGAUCCACAUAGAUUUGCAAUUUCUCCAGAUGGCAAAUUACUUGCUUGUAUUAGAAAGGAAAUUCGAGUAUUUGAGAUAUCAACUAGAUAGUAAAUUGGAGAUUCCAUUCCUGGUCAUUAAUAUUUUGCUAUGAGUUUCAAUUAUUCCCUUGAUGGAAGAUUUCUCGUUUCUGGUUGUUAAGAUAAAACUAUUAGAAUUUAUGGAAUUCCUAAAUGA